AGUAGGCCAGCUUUCCCGGGCGCUGCGGUGUGGUGCCCUUGGCGUCCGCCAGCCUUUAUGCUCCGGGGAGGAGGGCGGGGAAGGAGUUCCCGAGUCUAGCCCAGCAGAGUGUCACCUUGCAGGGAGGUCGGAAAUGAUGAAAGCAGCCCUUCAAACACCAGGAAAAGCCGACUCACGGCUGAGAAGGUAAACACAUGCCAAGGAAGGUCACAGGACCUGCCAAGCAGUCAGGGACUGCUGACGAGCCUCGUGGCCGCACCGAACUGAUUCAUCGAGGCUAAGAGGACUGGACGACCGGACUUCCUCGGUGAGACGAACUUGAAAGCGUCCAUCUGCCACCUCAGAAAGACUGUCUGAGGUCAGCAGCUGUGCCUAAGGCGAUUGCCUCACUCAGGUGGUGGCAGUGUCAAAGAGGACGAACUGCUGUCACCCGGAUUCCAGUCCGAUUCCUGGGAGCCCGACAGGAAGUCCUCAUUGUGGCUGAGAGGCAGAAGACGGGGAAGAAGACACACUAGACACUCCAGGCACACUAGCCAUUGUCCAGCUUUGUAUGCCGAGAGGCCGAGACUGAACACUUAAAAAAAAAGUGCAGUAAACGCCAAAUAAUGACAGAGUUUAUAGCAUGCUCUAACACGCUGGGGUUGUAAAAACGCAUACUCGGGCCGCCUGGAAGAUGACCUGAUACCCAGGUAAAGAAGAAACGAGUAGAAGCACCUUCGUUCGUUCAGUUUUCAGCCUUUAGCUAAAGCAGUAUCCACCCCGCCCCGCUCCCACACGGGACUGUCAUGGAAUCAAGCACCAACGGUGUGCUGGGGGUAACUUUGAAAAGUAGUUCUGGAACGUGGAAAACCCACUGAAAGCCUCCCCCUAUGACUCAAUUACAGCCAGUCUUUUCCUCCCCACCCCGACACUAGAAUCAGGUGCACUUUUCCUCCUUGGUUCUUCAAUAAGACCAUAGGUAAUUAGUCUGGGUCGGGGUAGUGGGAGGAAAUAAGGAACGUGAUUUGGAGUCACCUAGGUCCAGGAACGUUCCCGGUUCCAAGCAUACGUGGCUUAGGUUCCAGGAUCUGAUCAUAAGUUGUAUUUAGCUCUUGCACCCUAGUAGCCAGCAAGGCAUAUUUAAAAGCAAAUGUCCACCUCCCCGGUCUUGGGAACCACCAAGUCUAGCUGGGUUUCAGGAGUGAAGGCGUUAAUCUUCGUUUUCACCAGUUACCCCCCACUCAAGAUGUCAGUCAAAUAGGUCUCGCGAGAAUAAGAAAAAAAGGUAAGGCUUUUUGUUAACCCUGCCUGCUCAAUCUGUUCCCAAGCAACGAUGCCACCAAGCUCAACUGAGUAGGCUGGUCUGGAAACUGGCAGCCUUAGGCGAUUACAGGUCCUCCAGGAGCUAGGUCGGCUUCUCCAGCAGCCCGCCUCCUGCCCUGCAGAUGCUUCAUUGGUCCAUCCUGCCUCCAGGUGAGGGCUGACGCGCGGGUGGGCGGAGCCAAACGGAGCACGUGAUUUGCCCCCACCCCGGGAGCCCGGACUAGAGUCAGUCUGCCAGGUUGGUUCGCGGCGCUCCAGUGGCGACACCGGGUCUACAGCCGGGAGGGCGAAUAGGGCAGGUCGAAUAGGGUGAGCGAUAGUUGAGCAGUCUGGACUCGAGGAUGGGGUGCUGCGCGGGCGCGGCUAAGCUGCAGAGCGGUGGUGCUCAGCCCAUUCGGGAAGUGUAGCUCCCCCGGCACUCCUGCGCGUGCAGAUCUUCAGGGACGCUGAGCCCCAGCUGGUGUGAGCACUGAAGAAUCUGUACUGUCAGGCGAGGAGCAGUGCAAGGGUUUUAUUUUAUUUAUUUUUUGGCUUUGUUUUUUAAUAGUACCUUUUGUCUUGAGUGAGCGAGCUCCUCGGUAUCUAUCUGGGUUUGAUACCUGAGCCCCGGUCCUUCCCUCCUUAGUUGAUAUUAGGACCCAAGACUUAUUGUGCAGGUGCCUCCUGAAGAACUACCAUGUCUGGGAAUAGUUCAUCUUCCACAGAACACAGGAGCAGCAGCAGCAGAAGCAGCAGCAGUAGCUGUAAAUCUCACACCUCAAACCUUCGGAAGGCGGGGAAGAAAUGCUCAUGGGCUUCCUACAUGACCAACUCCCCAACCCUCAUUGUUAUGAUUGGUUUGCCAGCCCGGGGUAAAACUUACGUGUCCAAGAAACUAACACGCUACCUCAACUGGAUUGGGGUACCCACCAAAGUGUUUAAUCUUGGGGUCUAUCGGCGUGAAGCAGUCAAGUCCUAUAAGUCUUAUGACUUCUUUCGUCAUGACAAUGAAGAGGCUAUGAAGAUCCGCAAACAGUGUGCUCUGGUAGCACUGGAAGAUGUUAAGGCCUAUUUUACUGAAGAGAGUGGGCAGAUUGCGGUGUUUGAUGCUACCAAUACCACUCGGGAGAGGAGGGACAUGAUUUUGAAUUUUGCUGAGCAGAAUGCCUUCAAGGUAUUCUUUGUGGAAUCUGUCUGUGAUGACCCUGAUGUCAUUGCUGCCAAUAUUCUGGAGGUAAAGGUGUCAAGCCCUGACUACCCUGAAAGGAACAGGGAGAAUGUGAUGGAGGACUUCCUGAAGAGAAUCGAGUGCUACAAAGUCACUUACCAGCCCCUUGACCCAGACAACUAUGAUAAGGAUCUGUCUUUCAUCAAGGUGAUAAACGUAGGCCAGAGAUUCCUGGUCAACAGAGUCCAGGACUACAUCCAGAGUAAAAUUGUCUACUACCUUAUGAAUAUCCACGUCCAGCCUCGCACCAUCUACCUUUGCCGGCAUGGAGAGAGUGACUUCAAUCUCUUGGGAAAGAUUGGGGGUGACUCUGGCCUUUCGCUUCGAGGCAAGCAGUUUGCUCAGGCUCUGAAGAAGUUUCUGGAGGAGCAGGAGAUCCAGGACCUCAAGGUGUGGACGAGCCAGUUGAAGAGGACCAUUCAGACCGCUGAGUCCCUUGGGGUGACCUACGAGCAGUGGAAGAUUCUGAAUGAGAUCGAUGCUGGCGUGUGUGAGGAGAUGACCUAUGCAGAGAUUGAGAAACGGUACCCAGAGGAGUUUGCACUUCGAGAUCAAGAGAAGUACCUGUAUCGAUACCCUGGUGGGGAGUCAUACCAGGACUUGGUGCAGCGACUCGAGCCUGUCAUCAUGGAGCUGGAGCGUCAGGGCAACAUCCUCGUCAUCUCCCACCAGGCUGUCAUGCGCUGCCUCCUGGCCUACUUCUUGGAUAAAGGAGCAGAUGAAUUACCGUACUUGAGGUGUCCUCUUCACACCAUCUUCAAACUUACUCCUGUGGCCUAUGGUUGCAAAGUGGAAACAAUUAAACUCAAUGUGGAGGCUGUGGACACACAUCGUGAUAAGCCAACUGAAGUACAGAAUGUGCUGACUGAGCCUAGACGCCCCUCAGUGGCAUCCCUCACACUGCUCUCCUGAUUGUGUGAGCCGAGGCCAGACCUCUCCGAGGAACUGGAUCUGCUAAAAAGCCUGGGAUGCCAGCAUCACUGAGGCUAGAACAGGAAAUUAAGCGGGAGCUUCUCCUUUGAGGCUUCCGGAAAUGAGGCCUGGAAAACCUUGACUGUGUUUCUUCCCCUCCUGCGUCACAGGCUCAUCACUGCACGGUGCCUCAGAACUCUUCAGCAGCCGAAACAGUUAACUCUUAACCUCAGUUGACCCAAAUUUGCAAAUGCCAUUUUACUUAGGCAUUCAAUAUUCUACCUAGGACCGCCUGCAUCCUUAGCUGGAGAUUUGCCCGACCUGCGAAUGCACUGCUUUAGGACUGGUUUCUGGGUGAGGAUGAACUUCAGGAAGGCCCUUUUGCUCAGUGAGAGCGUGCGUUGGAGGCGAGCAGGCUAAAGUGCAAUAAGAGUGUCAGCGGUUACCUCUUGCCAUGAGAGAAGAGACAGGUGACCAGGUAGAUAGAGGCUGUCAGGAACUCGGCUCUCAAGUGCCUCUUCUCUGGUGACAGGAGAGUACUAUCCAUGGCUCCCAUUUAAUGUAGAGAAGUUUUUCCUGCUCCAUAUUCUUGGCAGGGUCUGGCUGCCAGGCUCCCCCAAAGGGGACCAGCCUUUCAUUCUCGUGUAGCUACUGUUUUCUCUCCGAGGCUUGUGCCUCACAUGGCCAGAGAGGACUGAUUCCGUACCUCCUGAGGGGUCGGGAACGAAGGCUAGAUGGGACCACCUCUAUCCCACCGGGAAAUAAAGAUGCCUUCUUGAUAAUAAGUUACACUGGGGAUUUUUUUUUUUUUUUAAAUUUCAAAAUGGGCAGAGGCAGACAUGGCCCUUGUGGUCUCUGGGAAAGCCGUGGCCAUGACUGCAGGAGCAGUGGCCCUGCGAUGGGUGCCUCUGUCUGUCUGUCACUACUGGGGCCAGCUGGUCUCCCCCAUGAUACUUGACAAAUGCAGCGUGGCCUCUGUUUGUCAGUGAGUGGAUGUCCCUUCCAGACGAAUCCAGUUGCUGUAACUAGAUCACUGUCAAACGUAAACACACCGUCACUCCUGCUGCACCUCUGUUAUUUAUCCCUGAGGAACAAUGCAGAAGCCACCGUGUAUGGUACCUUACAGAUAGAAUCUAGUGUAUUGUCAUUUUAUUUUUAUUUGUUUCCUUUUCACUUGAAAUGCUCACUUGUUGGGCAGAGAAAUAGUAUAGCAAGGAAAGUCCUGAAACGCAGCUUUUUCUACACGUUUUUUUAUACUGUGGACAAUACUGGAGACGGUUACCCGAGUGGGAUGGGGACUGCAGGCAGUUCAGUGUCUCCCAACUUGCAGCUUGCUUUAUAUGCGCAUCACCUGCAGGGAGGCCCCGUGCCCUGCUUGGUGUAGGCAGUUUUCCCUCGGCUGCUUGCAGCACAUGGUAGGACAAGGGCUGCCUUCUGCAUUGAAGUACACUCCUUUCUGAUGAUCAGAUGGUAUUUUUAUGAAGCUAUUUAUUGUGUGUGAGGAUUUUGCAUGUAUUUAAUCAGAAUGUCAUGUAUGUUCUGUGUGCUGCUAGCCGUGUAGGUGGCUUGAAUCCUAAGCCUAAUAUCCGUAGUAGUAUCACCUUAAGUUAAAUUUGUAGAGCAUAAGUGCCGAUGUGUGUAACAGAAUGACAGUAAUGUUAUGGCAGUGCAUUUUGAAAUGUUUUCAUUGGUUUUAUUACAAACCAAGAGAUGUAUUUCUCUGGAGAAAAGAUCUCUCUUGGAUAGUAAAACCAUGCUGAAAUGUCUGAGUUACGUAAACUGCUUUUGUAAUAAAAUAAAGUUAUUUUUAAUUAAAA